AUGGCGGCGACCGUGCCGCCGGCGGAUGACGAUCCGGGCAAACUUGACCCCAUCUACAGCGACCAGGAUGCCGAGGGUGAGGAGGAGACAGAUCUGUAUCAGAUGGACCAGCAGUUGCAGGAUGCGGUCCACCGAGCCUAUACCGGAGAGGUCGCGGAGGAAAACGGGGAUGAUGAGGUGGGCGGCGAAACCAAAGAGUCGGCAUCGUCCGUCGAAAAUGCCGACUCCGACGUGGUUGGUGCGGUGAAAAUCCGUGAUGAGGACACAUCGUACCACAGUGAGGAUGCGGAUGCGGAGGCAGAUGCCGAUCCCGCGUUUGAAGACCGGAGUGACCAUGGAUCCAACUCGGACCCGAGCGAUCAGGAGUCAGAUGUCGAGGAAGACUGGGAUGCUGAAAGCAACGACCGCGAUGAGGCGGAUGGAGAUACGCGCAGCCGCGCGAAUUGCAUAUUUUGUAACCAAGACGAGGAACACGAUCCCAGUGAGGAUUAUGAGGAAUAUCUGACUUGCGCUGUUUGUGGCGACCACUCCCAUCGGCAAUGCGCCCGCGAGCAAGAUGCAUUCCAUGACAAAGAAGAUCCCUGGAAAUGUCCCACUUGUGUUUACAACAAACUGGAACCCGAUCCUGUGGUGACACAACACAAAGCUCCCAGUUUGCCAAAGGAGCUCUUGCCUGCACACAGUGGAGCCAAAGGCCCAGGGUUUCACUCUAUCUUUGACGCUCCAGAUGUCAAUGAUGGUUUACUCAACAGCUCACGGUCGUUGCGAAAGAGGAAAGCUUCAUCCUUGGAAGUGGAGGAGGAGCAUGCUCCCGUGCUCCGCAAAAGACGGCGACAAAGUUCGCUUCGAGCUGAUCAUCCCGACCUGCUGGACCCAGUCUUGGCAGAGGGAGAGGAGAUCGCCGACGCCGACGCCGACACACUCUCCCCUGCAGCAAUCCGCCCGGUACGUUCCCGGCGCACUCGUGGCGCCGAUCGAGAGACCUUCCGUGUGGUGUCUCAACAGAUCGGGAAGUUAGUGGUUGGAUUUCGACUCGACCACAACAAGGUGUCGAAGGUCUUGAGUGCCCCCAGUCGACCACUACGGAAAAAGAAGAAAAAUCCCAAGCCGCCUCCCGUUAUUGGAUCCCAAGCCCACUUUGCUGCCAUUCCCCCCACACCUUACGCCCCCGUGUUCACCCCGUUCCACGAUCGGGAAAUCGACGAUUCCAAGUCCAAGCCAUAUGGCGGCAUUCUAUCCGAGGCUGAACAGGACACCUCCAAGACCCUUCCGACACAACUUGACCGUGAACGAUUCGAGAUCGCUCGCCAAAAGGCCGAAGAAGAAUGGCAGCGGAAAGUCCGAGAGGCUGAGCUGAAUGGCGAGGCCACUCCAACCGCAUCGGCGAAAGUAUCGGGUCCUCCCUCGAAGAUCAAGUACAUCAACUUUGGUGGCUUUGAGAUCGAGACUUGGUACGCCGCACCUUACCCGGAAGAGUACAGCCGCAAUCGUGUGCUCUAUAUCUGCGAAUUUUGUCUGAAGUAUAUGAACUCGGACUAUGUUGCCUGGCGUCACAAACUCAAGUGUCCUGCCAAGAAUCCUCCUGGCGACGAGAUUUACCGGGACGGUUCAAUCUCGAUCUUUGAGGUUGACGGACGGAAGAACCCCGUCUACUGUCAAAACCUGUGUCUUCUUGCCAAACUCUUCUUGGGUUCAAAGACAUUGUACUAUGAUGUCGAGCCUUUCCUAUUCUAUGUCAUGACCGAGUACGACGACCUAGGCUGCCACUUUGUGGGAUACUUUAGCAAAGAGAAACGACCAAGCUCGGCAAAUAAUGUCUCCUGCAUUCUCACCCUUCCCAUUCAUCAGCGCAAAGGCUACGGCAACCUUCUCAUCGACUUCUCAUACCUCCUCACACGCAUCGAAGGCAAGAAUGGAUCACCCGAGAAACCACUCUCCGACAUGGGCUUGGUGUCAUACCGGAAUUACUGGCGUCUGAUCCUGUCUUAUCAGCUCCGUGACUUGAAAAGCCCGGUCAGCAUCGCCGAUUUGUCUGAUCGAACCGGAAUGACAGCAGAUGAUCUUGUGUCCGCAUUGGAGGGCUUACGGGCGCUCGUGCGAGACCCCAUCACCAAAACCUAUGCGUUCCGUCUCGACCACAAGUAUUUCCAGGAAGUCAUUGACGGCUGGGAAAGCAAGGGCUACGUAACACUCAACCCUGACGCCUUACUCUGGACUCCAUACAUCAUGGGCCGCAGCAACCAAUCACAGUUUGAUCGUGCGCCUAUGCACACGGUUGCGCCCCGAGAGGAUCCCGAUGAGGAGGAAGAGGAAGAAGAGACAGAAAUCAACGGUGACUCUGUGUCGAUGGUGAACGGGACCAAUGGAACUGGUUUCGCAGAGCCCGCAGGGCCUCCUUCAACAACUGCCUUCGACCAGGCAGAUGGUCUGCACAAGUCUUCCUCGCCCGACAGCUCAGAAGUCCUCUCGAAUCCCGCCAAUGGCAUUCCUCCCUCUCGAUUCGAGCUCUGGCCCCCCGUCCAGGCCCCACCGCCUGCAAAACGAAAACCCGGCCGUCCUUUCGGUAGUUUCAAAAAGAAUCGACACUCGAUGACGCCCACGACCAACCGCAUAAGCGGUCGCAACACGCCUCGACGAGCUUCUCAGCUUCCGAUGGGGACUCCCACUAGCACUGGUAUGCGUCGUGGUCGGAGGGCGUUGCUUAUGGACUCGCCCUCGGGCGAAGCGACUCCUACGCAAGUCAAUGGCAUCGAAGCAGAAGAGGCAGGUCUCGAGGAGGCGGUAGUGGAUUCGAAUGCCGAGGAACUUGUGGACGGCACAUCCGAUGCAGACGGGCAGGCCCUAGAAGAUAUCAGCGGUGCCGACGACGCGGACGACGAGCCCGCCGAGACGAACGGUCACAUCGAAGAAGACAUGGAAGAAGAGGAGGAGGACGAAGUGUCACAGACUCCCUCAAAGCCAACAUCCCGAUCUCCCCAGACUCCAACUCGUAACGGAUCAAAAGGCGAACCCACCGAACACACACCCCGGCUAUCUCGCUCCGUCAACCGGAAAGCCUUGGUGGAGAAGAUUCAAGUGAUGGUCCCAGCUACCGAGCACAGCGCCACCCCCGCCACGAAGGCAAAUCCGACCGCAAGAUGGCAGACUCGAAUGGCAUUGACUCUGAUGCAGAUGCGGAUGCCGAUGCAGAGGCCGACGCCGACUUCGAUGUGGAUGAGGAUGUCGUAA